AUGCCGGACUCCCACGCUGGAAUGAGGCCAGAACCCGGCCAGCACUCCACACCACUUCGCAACCCACUGCUGCACCGUUGCCCCAUCUCAGGUUUUCGUCGAAUUGAGAGAGGGCGCCCAACAUCGUUUGAAGCAGAUAAUAACCCAAGUCGCGGCUCCCCGCGCGGCUUGCGGCUCACCGUUCGACAUCUGGCACCGCAUGAAGCGGGAAGCCAGUCAUCCCCCUGCAAGACAUUCCCCCUGAAAAUCGACGCGCCGAUUUGCGCCCGUAUCAGAUCGUCGAUGCGUUUGAGGAUGAUGCCGACAACAAAAAAGAAGCUAGGGUCGAUCGGCCUGUUUUCGCGACAGGCCGACGGUAGCGUGGGUGGUGGUCCCCAGACCGGGGGCACGAGCAGUGCCCGGGCCGCAGGAGUGGGCCAAUCCGCAACGCCUGGACCUGUUUUGCCAGGGGCGAGCCACGCGACCGCGACAGGCUCGCAGCUUCCGCAGCUGCAACCCCCACACGAAAUCAUCGCGACACGGCAAGAACGUCAGCAGCCUGAGACUCCCGCGACUGCCAGAUCAAUACCUGCGCCGAGGGCCGGCCGAUACACGGCACCGUCCCAGCCAACCGCGACCAUGAGCCUCCCUGUACAGCAUCUCCACCCGAUGCAGCGGACCAGGACCUCCGCCUCAGACACUGCGCGGGAAGCCCAGCGGGGGCCCAAUGCGUGGGAAGACUCGACUGUGGCCUCCAUGUUUGGCGACAACGAGAGCAGGCCUGCAUCGGAGAGGCUACGUGCGCCCCACGGCCGCCACUACAGUGAUGGUCCGCCCCAGCGGGCUCUCCCCGCCCCGCCGACGCGCGUCCAGCCCAAGCACGAUGAGAAUCUGCCAUUCGUCAUUGGCGAGAACGGCGUGCUCAAGGUCAUUCCGCCACCCAAUACCCAGAAGGCCCCUGAGACAGCUCCCUUGGCCACCAAUGCCACGCCGGGCGGCAUCUUCGACGAUCAGAGCGUCAAGCAGGACGACGUAUACCAUGAAGGCCGUCAGAUUUUCGAGACGCCCACCAAAGCCAGCGGGCUGAGGCGCACCAAGCUGGCAUACCGAGACAACCGCGAUGUCAAGAGCAACGCGUCCUCGGAGCGAGCAGGGCCGGCAUAUUCGCCAGGGUCGCAAAGCGUGAGCCUGUCGCCCGAGAGACAGGCAGAAGCGGGUGGGCACAUCGACAAGAUCAGGUUCCAGGAACGCAUGUCACGCGAGCGCGAGAGGCAACGAGAGCGCGACAGGGAACUAGAACGGGAGAGGGAAAGGCAACGCGAGCAAGAACGCGAAGCCCAACACAAGCGGUCCACAGUAUUCGAAAACCUGACACCCCUCGACUUUGACGAUCCCGAUUUCAACAACACCAAGGCGGCCGUUGCCGCGCCGAGCUCCACCCUCGACGCCGAUGCGCUCAAAGAAGCCCUACAACGCACGCCGCGCGCAAGCCGCCAGCCGCAAUAUCAACAAAAACAGCUUUUCGCACAACAAACCAACCUCCUCAGCGGGGUGCCUCCCCCCCUCAGCAUCAGCCGGACGACCAGCCGGCGGCAAAAAUCACCAGCCAAAGAACCGGGCCCGGCCCCGGCGUCGACCACGUCGCGAAAGCGCCGCCAGAGCCUCGACUACAACGACGCCGAGCUGCACGCGAUGAGCUAUUCCGACCUGCACAACCAAUCCUUCGACUUCGACCCGCAGACGGCCGCGCUGCAGCAAACAUCGGUGCCACCCGCAGGGGGCAGCAUCGAGGAGCGGCUGGAGCACUACCAGAAGAAGGGCAGCAUGGACCAGCACGAGUUCUUCGCGCGGGCGUCGGUGGACGAGUGGGACGAGGCGGGCGACUGGUUCCUCUCCCGCUUCGGCGACGUCAUGCUGCGGCUCAAGCAGGCGCGCCGGAACAAGCGCCGGCUCGUGCAGCAGUUCGAGGACGAGGUCGCCGCGCGCGAGGAGGCCGUGCGCGGCAAGAUCGAGGGCAUCGGCCGCACGCUUGAGGACCUUAAGCAGGAGGGCCAGACCAUGAUGGAGGGGAAGGAUGUGGACGUGGAGUUUUGA